CAGUAAAUGUCAGAGCGUAUAUUUUCUCAAGCGGAGUCCAUGCAUUUCGCGAUUUGAUUUCUUGUCACCGUGUUUUUCGUAUAGAACAAGAAGUGCGUUAUCAUUUGCGUAAUCAAUGCAUUGAUUUCAUUAGUCAAUUCCAGCCGAAGCAACCGUAUUACAUUUUUAGAUUACCGCUGUGAACUGUGCUUACAAGAACCGGAAACGACAUGGGAAACGUGUUGGCCGCUUCAAAACCUAUCGCUGCCGGUGGUCUUCCGCCUCCGUUACCAACGGAACCGAUCAUUGCCAGUUCAGGGUCUAAUGAAGAGAAACCUCUGGAAAAUCCUGGCUCACUGGAAGAGUUACAUAAAAAGUGUAAAGAUGUAAUGCCGGCCAACUUCGAAGGAGCGAAACUAAUGAUCAACAAGGGUCUGAGCAAUCACUUCCAGGUGUCGCAUACGAUUAACCUCACAUCGGCCAACACGAGCGGGUAUCGUUUCGGCGCAACGUAUGUAGGUACCAAGCAAACCUCGCCGACGGAAGCUUUCCCGGUUAUAUUGGGCGAUAUAGACCCGACCGGGAACCUCAAUGCCAAUAUCAUCCACCAGCUGGCACCGAACGUGCGCUGCAAGUUUGCAUCGCAAAUUCAGAACAGCAAAGUCACUGCCGCGCAGCUUACCACGGAUUACAAGGGCCAGGAUUUCACCGCUACCCUUACCGUGGGAAAUCCAAACAUUAUCAACAAUUCAGGCGUGCUGGUGGCACACUAUUUGCAAUCGGUAACUAACCGUUUAUCACUUGGUGGAGAACUCGCGUACCAGUACGGUAUGGCUGUCCCCGGUGGUCAAAUCGCCGUGGUAUCUGCUGCCGCCCGCUACGCAACUGAACUGUCAACCUGGUCCGGUACGGUUGGUCUUGCCGGGAUUCACCUAUGUUACUACCAGAGAGCCAGCGAACAACUUCAACUAGGCAUUGAGCUAGAGACCAAUUUUCGAAUGCAGGAAGCCGUGGCGACACUAGGCUAUCAAGUCGACUUGCCCAAAUCUGAGCUUGUCUUUCGUGGCAUGGUCGAUAGCAACUGGUCAGUGGCAGCUGUUCUGGAAAAGAAAUUACAACCACUGCCGUUCACGUUUGCACUAAGCGGAAUUUUAAAUCAUACAAAGAAUCAGUUCCGGCUAGGCUGUGGAUUAAUUAUUGGUUAGAGAGUCAGUGCAUUCUCACAGAAAUAAGUCCUCGGUGCAAAGAGUAAGCAUUUCUUCUGGAGAGACGCUUGUCAACAUUCCCUAUGUUCAAGGGAAACGACAAGGAAUUUAUGGAAAGAAUCAAUGUUAGUCUGUUAGCUUAUAAAAUUGAUCACAAUAAGAUAUAUUACAACAAUAGCUGAAAGAGUAUGACAAAGACCUAUCAAAUGAAUAAAAAAGUUAUGCGCUUAAUUACUCAAAGA